UGAUGGAUCAUUCCAUUCUUUUCUUGUGCAGGAAUCCUUACACAAAUCGGCAAAAUGAAUGAUGGAAAUUAGGAUUUAACUAGAGAAAUCAAAGGAUUUUAGCUAAAAAAAUAAUGGUGGUGAAAGAGGCGUUGCAGAAAUGGGCGGCGCGGGUACUGCGGCCAUGGCUACAACAGGAAGCCGAAAUGGAGUUUGAAGUGAGUCUUUUUGGUAUAAGGGGAGUUGUUCGUGACUUCAACUUGAAUGCUACGUCUCUCAACUCAACUUUUAUGGAGUCCAGCAGGCUGGUGAUAAAAUCGGUUACUUUUGGAGAGGUGGUUGUUAAAUUCACACCGUGGCGAAGUCCUGUCUUCACUCUCCAAAUUCAUGGCAUGCGCAUCGUUCUCAGCCCAAGGCCAUUGGAUGAUGAGUUUUGGGAGAACAACGAUCAACAGUGGACAGCUGAGCAAGAGAGGAAGAAUAUUCUACUUUGCAUUGAUCCUCAGGGGGCUGCCUUAAAUGCUGCUUCAGAGAGAGUUACAGGAACAAAAACAUCUAGUAGUUGUUUUGUUACCAUGCUGACACACAUGGUUUUACAAUGUUCCAGAUUAGUGUUGCAUAACACUUCCAUUGAAGUGCACAUACCAGAAAGAAAUCUGUGUGAGAUUCAAGCUGAAUCGGCAACAGGCAAUACUUUCUAUAGAUGCUGUAUCAGGGCAAAAACUUUUUCUUUGGAGGACGGCUUCUCUGGGCAUAACAAGUUACCAGGAGGCUUUCUAAUUGCAGCUAUGAUCUCAGCUUUGUACUCAUACAGAGGAUCUAAAGGCUGUAAAACAUGUAGCAUCAAAGAUUUAGGUCUUGAAUUGAAGAGGCUAGAUUCUUGCUCCUCUCAUAUUGAUUCAGUUAAUGAGAAAUAUGUUAUUUUUUUCAAAGAUUUAAUGGUUUUUGCAAAGUUGAAGAAUCUUCAACUAACUGAUUUGGAGUUUGGAAUUCUUGAAUUAAGGUUUGGCUUAUAUCCGAGAGACAUGAACCUGCUUAUGAUAAUAUUAGAGCACAUCAAUUAUAGUGCUGCAAAAUCUGCAGUUUCUGCAUACCCUAGAAGUCAUGAAGAAAAAUGUAAACAUGGGAUGAGUAGUGGAAAUCGGUGGCAAAGGGCCUUGGAAAACAUUAACAGGUUUUCCCCAAAAUGUCGGUUGCAAAAGCUUGUGGAAAUUGUUAUCCUACGAUUGCGCUAUGCCAAAGCUUAUGAAUCCUGGCUUCUGGAAUUGGGAAUGGGGCUUAAGGGACAUGUAGGAUCCAAGUUGAAAAAGGUCAAAAGUAAACAAUUUGCUGGUUGUAUUGAAGGGCUUUGGAAAGAGGUAUGUGAAAAAGAAAAUAAGUUGCCUGUAGAAGCAGUUGUACAAGUGAGGCGAGCGGUUCGGCACAGGGUUUUGGCACGAUUGAAAAAAGAUGAUUCAGAGGAGUUAGACUCUGAUUCAAGGAGACAAGAACAUUUUCUGUAUUUGUCAUUUCUUGUUGUUCCCUUUUCUUUUCUGUUUCAAUACCUGUGGAAACUCAUAGGGAACAUCUAUGCAUUUAUGUUUUAUUCUUGCAGUAUUUUGUUAAAUUCCGUUUAUUUUUUCUGCCCCUUUCUUAACAAGGGGCCAUCUUGUCAACCUUUGGUUGAGAGUCCUAAGGCAGAGAGGCAAACUCACAAUUUCUAUGAUACAAAGAACAGUUGGUAUCUAUUCAAUGCGUCAAAAUUAUGUUACAGAGUAAACAUAUGCAAUGUCUCUAUCACUGCCACAUGCAAUGAGGUUAAUGAAAUGGUUCUCGAAGAAAAAAUAGAGAAGGAUGUGGCAAUUUCCAGCAUCGCUGGGACAUCUGUUCUUGUAUUAGAAAACCUAUGUUUAGUGUAUUCCUCAAAUGGCUAUGUCACGGAGUUCUCUAUUGUUUGUGAAGACGUGAAUGGACAGAUAUUUUCAUUGGCUUCUACUGAACGAGACAUAAACUCAGGAAGAUUUUUUCAGAGCAGACAGAGUGCUAAUCAAUAUAUUGCUGAUAAUGUCAAAAAGACAUUUUUAAGUAGUAGUUCAGCUCCCCAGGUUCACUGUCUCGACAAAUCCAGGAAUACUGUUGGAAGAGUUGGUGUUUUCAGCAUAUCUGACCUUGUAUUAAAAGAUCAUCAAGGACAGAUGUGGUCAGAUUGGGAGAGUAAAAAUAUGAAACCUAGUUUUCAUGUAGGUGAUGCUUCAUCAACAUUUACUAGGAAGCCUUUUCUUUUAAGUGAAGUUCAAAGAUUUGUCAUUGAUCCAUCACCGGCGAAUUCAAGCUUGGGGCUUCUGCAAUGUAAUCUCGCUUUGGGACAGUUAUUCUUUGACCUGGAUUGUUCAUCUUUGACAUAUAUGAUUCUUCUCCUUCUGCAGUUAUUAGAUGCUUUUCAGUGGACCUCAUCUCACGGAAACAAGAAACCUUCCCAUUUUUCAAGUUUCUCUGGAAGCUAUCCUAUUGGCAGAGAUGGAGGGUGGGAAGAGCUCUGUAAUUUAUAUACUGAUAAGAUGAAGCAAGCUAUGCUGUCUAUCAUUCCUGAGAAAACCAUCCACUUUACAGCAGCAAUCACAGGUCCUAAGAUCCAAUUUUCCCCUUUUCUUGAAGAAUAUAUAAAGUUUGAGAAACAGAAUGCCUUUGCUGAGAGCCAUGCUGAGUUCUCAUUUGUCAUCAAUCUGGGAAAUUUGGAGGUUGCCAUUUGGCCAGCAGGACAAGGAAGAGCAUCGACAUCAUUAGAAGAACAAGAUACAUACACCACAAGUAAGCUUGAAUAUAUUUGGUUGAAGAAGCUCCCUCUACUAGAUGAUUCCAGGAAUUUCGGAAGUGAUUUUUGCAUGGGGCACAAACAAAUUGGAAGCAAUAUUUACCUAAAACUAGAUGAUGCUGUUAUGUUUCUUGAAAAUACAUAUGAAGAAAAACAACUUCCAUUGGUGAAACCCUUAACUAUCACUGUGGAAUCCUCAGUAUGCAGGGAUGAAAUCAACUCGGUUUUAUAUCUGGAUAAGUCUUUUCUGGCAAGUUGGGGCUUUACAAGUUCAGAAGUUGCUCUCAUCUGUUCUGUGGAUGAACUAUUAUAUGUUAUCCAGAUUUUUGAAGACUAUACUGGCAGCAUGUUGGAUACUUUUAAUCAAUUUGCUGGAAGGGAUAAAUCUCCUCAACAAGAACUCUGCAGAGAUAUUAAACUCAGUCACAAUUCUGAUUAUUCUGGAAGCAAGCUACUGUUUACGAGCUUUAAAGUUGUUUCAACAUUUGAUUUAGAAACAGUGGAUCUCUGUUUUGAAGGUUCUAGGGGAUAUUUUUCUCCACACAGUUGGAAAGAAGUAGGUGCGUCUGGGUAUGUGACAAAGUAUGCAAGAAGAAAGGGAAAGUCCAAGAUGGAUGACAUUUGGAGAAAGCUUGCUUUGCCGAACAUAGACAUAAAUCUUUCCGUCCAAAAAUUUGUUAUGGAGUUUUCUUGGGUAGGUAGCAAGCAAAGUCUGUUUUCUUUGAGAUUGUCUAAGAUUCAUGCCUAUGUCAGUGACAGUAUAACCAGAAAUUACAGAAAUUUACAAAACAAAAUCAAAGAGUUCAAAUUUAGACCAGUGGAGGAAACUACUGGAACACAUCCCAGGGUUUUGACGGAAAUAAAUUUUUGUAAUUGCACGUUCAGUUUAUGUGUUGGCUUGCAUGUUUAUGGUCAUAUUUUUCAAGAAGUGACCACCAGAAAUACAGCUGGCACUGGCAGUAGUAUGGUAUCACAAAUGACAUUGGGAAGUGCUUGUUGUGCACUGCCUCAUGAAAGUUAUAAAAUGCAACUAGAUGAAAUCCAGCAGAAGUCUCCAAAACGAAGAAAUAUACCAGAAAACCUUGCUGGGGACCUUUCAUCUUCAGUGUCAAGAAGUUGGCUUCUAUUUGAAGUUGACCUCAGUGAAUGCUCAGUCACAGACAGUUCCCUUGAAACGCUCAUUUCAGAAGCAAAUAAAAAAAUAUCUGGAGGUAGACGUCUGUGUGCUUUAUUUGCAGUUGAAGAAGGAUUUAAAUCUUUCUCAGGCAAUGUGCAGGGAGGCAGUUUUGUUCUUCAAACAAGACCUUUCUCUAUUCUCAUCCGGUCUUAUAGAGCAUAUUUGGUUUUCCUGGAGGGUAUUUAUUCAGCCUUCAUGUCUUCAUUUGAGAAACUAAAUGUAAUUACUUGUGAAGCUCCUGGCAAGACAAUGGUUCUUGAAGAGGGCACCUUGCAUGCACCAUUACGGCGUGCACAAAGAUCAUCAUCUUUUUCCCAUGUUUCAUCACUACAGAGCACCUCUAAGGCAUCAUGGAACAGAAAAAGGUCAUUGUCUCUUCCCCACUUUUCAUCACAGAAGAGCUUUCAACUGACCUCUGGCAUGCAUGGAGUGAAUCCAAAGAAGCCAUUUGUUGGAACAUUAUCAUUCAGAGUUCAACAAUUUUCACUGGUUUUGGCUCAUGUCGAUGCUUCAGAUGGGGCACAAGGAGUUCUUCUGGAGAUGGAUUUGAAAACUAAUAUUGAAUUUGAAAAAAUUUCAUUUGAUCUUUCUCGUUUAAUGAUAAUUGGUCUACGUACCCGUAAAAAGGUUACAAAAGGAAAGGAAAAGGCAGACUACAAUCCUCAUUUUGUUUCCACUUCAUUAGCUUCAUUUUCAGAUGAUGAACAAAAAUCAGAUAACCUUGAAUUGCCUUCUUCAUCUAUGACUCUGUCAGGCAGAAAUGCAUCAAAUAGUUAUAAAGAAGAAUCUGUCCAGGAGACACAGUCCAGAAGGGAAUCCACCUCAAGAAAUCAUAAUAACGCAGGCAAAGAUUGCUGUAUUCUGGAAUGCAUGACUGCAUCACUUAGCAUUAUGCAUGUCUCAGUAGGAUAUCGCAGGGAUGCAUGGGAUGGUCAAGCUUCCAUAUCUGGUGUUAAUUUAGCAUUUACUACGUCAGAAAUUUUGAUGUUUCUAUCCUUGGCAUCUCCUUUCUCUGAAUUAUCUACUGUGGAUGAAGCUCGUAAUCCUCAGACUGUGUCUAGUUUUAAACAAACUAAAGCAGCUGAACUAGAACCCAAGAUUCCCAAUGGAGCAAUUGUUGCUGUUAAAGAUGUUGAAGAGCACCUUUAUAUGGCUGUUGAAAAAAUUGAAAACAGCUAUCGGUUAAUUGGAGUUCUUCAUUACACUCUUGUUGGCGAUAGAGCUCUUUUCAUGGUGAAGUACAAUGAAAAGUCAAAAUUAUGGUUUUCCUUGCUGUCCGUCCAUGCAAGAAAUCAUGACGGGGAACCUUAUUGUGUACAUUAUCAUCCUGGGUCAAGCUUAAUUGAUGUCUCAAGUACAAAGAAUAAUGCCUGGGAACUUUGGUGCAGUAUUCCAUUCAAGCACAAGGAAGAGGAUGCUGAGGAAGAGCUUGAUUUUCGUGGCCAUUCGUAUGAUAAGACUCUUUAUUUUGUAAACAAAAAGAGUAAUGGUGGUUUUGCUUUUGUUAAUGGGCUUCCAAUGUUGGUCAAAAAGCCUGGAAACCCACUUAAACUAAAGACUUUUCAGCAUGCUGAUUUCCAAACUGGUGAAACUGAGAGAGAUGGAUCUAUAAAUGGGCAACCAUCAUAUGAAUUAGCGGCAAAGGCUAGUGUUUUACGGUUAGAAAAGGUGAAUGUUAUAGUUGAAAAGUUGGAUGUCACCAUACUUUAUGAGACAUCUGGGAUGAGUCAUUUCUUCCCUCUUUUUCGAGCAUGUAUGGAUAGUGCUCAAUAUGUGCUACAAGUUAGCUCUUCUAAGCUCAGGAUUAUAAGUACAUUACGGUUCACGCUUCAAACUUAUGAAGCUCAAAGAAACAUGUGUAAUGCAGAGGUUUUCUUUGGCAGGGUAGAACUGUUGAAUCCGGUUGAUAUUGGUUUGGUCUACCGUGUUGUUGGUGCAGACCAGAUGCAGGGCAGUGUUACAUCUGGAAAGAUACCUAUUUAUUUUUGCGCUAUAUUGAAAAAGGUGGAUGUCCUUGUCAGUGAGCAAUCGUUGGACACUUGCCUUUUUCUGUUCACAGAGUUGAACCUUGGUGGUCCUUAUACCAUAAAGCAUUCUCCAGUAAAAGCUUAUGGCUGCAAGAUUGAAAAUUGUACAGGUCUUGACUUACUUUGCAGCUUUGAGGAUAAUGAAGACAUAAAUGUUGCAGCAUGGCAGGAAGAGUCAUUUCUUUUGAGGCGAAUGAUUUCAAGAAGAGGCUUGCAUCUGGAAAGUUUUAAAGAUAUGACCUUCAAACUUGUCAAGUCUGGCAUGGUUUCAUCAACCCCAGUUCAAGUAUCAUUGGAGGAUCCUGGAGUUACUACAAUUAUGACAAACAUAAUAUCUCACAUAACAGGUGGAAGGAGAGUUUCAGGAUCAUUAGUUGUCAUUGAUGUUUCAAAACAAAUUGAGGAUGGCUUCUCAGUUGUGGUAUCCCCCAUGGUACGCAUACAGAAUGCAAGCGAUCUUUCACUAGAGCUGCAUUGCCGACGGCCACAGCAAAGAGAGGAUGAAGGUGUCGUGGUUCUUCUCAAACAUGGAGAGAGUAUUGAUGAUUCAAUGGGAUCGUUUGAUGCUUUAAAAUUCUCUGGUGAAAUGAGGAAGGCAUUGUUAUCAUUCAGUCAUGGGAAUUAUGUGCUUUGUGUACGACCUGCAACUUCUGAAAAGUCUAUUCUGGAGAGUGAAAGAUCACCUUCCUUUGAGUGGUCAGAGAAUUUGAAAGGUGUGAAAGCUGUCCGCAUUUCAGGGCUCUUUGAAAAAUUAACGUAUCACUUAAAAAAGAAAUUCAGUGGUCAACCUACACAAUCGUCGUUCAGCACCAUUCAUUGUGGCCCAAAGAUGACGGAUGCAAAGUUCAAAGAUCUUUAUUUUCUUGUUAGAACUACAAGAAGGAAGCUGCCCGUGACUAGAUCUCAUGCUUCUGAGCAACGAGGCUCAGAGUCCUCUACAGUUGCAUUUUAUGAACAACAGGAUAUUUUGAUUUUGCCAACCAUUCACGUUUCCAAUCUUCUUGAGGUGGAGAUUGCAGUGUCAUCAGAUACAAAUGCAGAUGAAAUAGAUGAACAUAGUGGCAAUCAUCCUAUUGUUCAAGGUGGAUGUAAAACCUACAUGUAUGAAGAUCUCAGUAAUCUUUUCCUAACUAUAAUUCUUUGUGAUCUGAAACAAAAGAGCAAUCCAGUAAAUGUUGGUGAAUUGGGAAAACUAGCUCACAGUAGUAAAAGUGACAUGCAUGGUCUAGAUGUUGAAUUGGAUUUUGGGGAUGGGAAAAACUUUGCCAUGCUGAGGUUAUCACGAGGAGAAACAGGCCUUUUAGAAGCUAUUAUUUAUACACCUUAUGCACUCAAAAAUGACACUGAUAUGCCACUUGUUUGUUUUGCCUCAGAACAGAAGACAUUCUUUCUUUGGCGAGGGAAAGGCAAAAAGCCUCAUGAAUCAAUGUCAUCAGGACAUGGAGUACUUCUCAAUCCUAAAUCCAAAAUCUCCUGGUUUCAGAAGUCUGACAAGAUAUUGAUCCAAAGGUCAGAACAAAAUGCAGUUGUAUCAUCUCUGGAUUUGGAAUUCUUUUCUGGUUUCACAGAAAUCAGUUUAGAAAUUCAAGAAGAAACGGGUUUGAAGGACUUAGUAAAGCUGGGUGUUGGUUCACAGCUAGCUUUAUCCAGUGCAUUGGAGCCAACACAAACUAUUUAUCUAGUACCCAGAUAUAUUGUUGUGAAUCAAUCAUCUGAAGAUAUUGUUGUCUGUCCGAAAGGUUUGCAGGAAACUGGAGGUGCUAAAAGAAUUGUCAGCCCUGGACAGCAAGCUAUACUUCAUAUGAAAAUAUUUCCAGGUGAAGAUAAAGCGAUUCGUGCUGUUGAUAACAAUUUACAGAAGCAAAGAAAUGCAGGGAUAGAUUUAUCAUUAUAUUUCCAAUUUUCCUUGACCGAACCUGGAUGGAGUUGGUCUGGACCAAUUUGUGCUGCUUCUUUAGGCCGCUUCUUUCUGAAAUUCAGAAGUUGCUCAAACAUUCUUGAAGAUUCUGCAGCAAGUGGGAACACUUCCAGGGGGAAACAGAGUUCUCGAUUUGCAGUUGUUGAUGUCAAAGAAGAAAGAAGUUCAUUGAUCAUAUACUUCAACAUGCAAUCACCUGAAUCUUUGCCAUAUCAAAUAAAUAACAGUCUCCGCAAUGCUUCGAUUCUAUUUCAUCAAAAGGAGUUGACAGAGACGGAAAUUUUGAAUGCUGGUGCAACUGUAGGUUAUGUUUGGGAUGACCUCUCUUUAGACCAUGAGCUCAUUGUACAAGUGGCAGGCACACAGUUCAGCCGUCCAAUAAGCUUAGAUAAGUUAUGCACAUGGAAACCUUUCCAUAAGAGGCAAAAUAAAGGAUUCAGCUUGACCCUUUCAUCUUGCAAUGGUGAUGAAAUAUCAGAUAAAGUGGAUUUGUCGAAGGUGGGAUAUGAAGUAUAUGCAGAUGGACCAAUCAGAAUCUUACUGCUUUCUGAAAUUAUUGACACUCAGAAAAGAAGAGAACGGAAAACUCAAAACCAAAUUCUUUGUGCCAACAUUUAUUGUAAGGUUUCGUAUAUUGGAAUAAGCUUACUGGAGGAAGGAACAAAGGUUCUCAACAGUUCAAAUCAUGACAGCUACUAUAUGCCUAUAAUAGUUGCAAGAACUGGAAACUUGAUGCUUGAAUCCAUCAUUGCAAGCAAAAAUACAUUAUGCCAGUUUAGAGUUAAGACAUUAGAAGUGGACGAAAGGUGGCAAGGGGCUCCCUUUGCAGCAAUGCUACGGAUGCAUGAGCAAGACAACUCUGACAGGGAUGAAGCAGCGCUACAUAUGUCUGCUAUCAUUUAUAAUGGCGCUUCAAAUCCAUACCAAGUGAAGUACUUGUCCAUUCUUCUAAUGGCCGUUGAUUUGAAUAUUGAUGAAGAUACAUUGAUGAAGCUGGUGCCUUUCUACCGAAAUUCUUUAGCCAUGACAACUUCUAGUAAAGAGAUUUAUUUUGAAAGUUUUGAAAUUCAUCCAAUAAAGAUUAUAGGAAGCUUUCUUCCAGGACAGCCAAAUGCAAAUUAUACAUCAGCCCAGGAAACGUUGCGGUCCUUGUUGCAUUCUGUGAUAAAGGUUCCAGCUAUAAAACGAGCUUCUGUGGAGCUAAAUGGCAUUCUUCUUUCAAAUGCAUUGGUUACUUUCCGUCAAUUGGGAAUCAAAUGUGCUCAGCAUUACUCAUGGUACAUAAUGCGAGCAAUAUAUAUUGCUAAAGGAAGCAAACUUUUACCUCCUGCUUUUGCAUCUAUUUUUGAUGACUCGGCAUCUUCAUCUUUUCAUUUAUUCUUUGAUCCAUCAAAGGGUUCUGUUGAUCUUCAGGGUUUCACUAUAGGCAUGUUCAAUCUGCUAAGGAAAGGCAUCAAGAAGAAAGGGUUUGGCACACAUCGCUCUAUAGAUUUAAAGCAUACAAUGAAGAAAGCUGGGUCAAAUGUGUUGUUUGCUGUGAUCACAGAAGUUUCAGAUAGUGUACUGAAAGGGGCAGAAACGAGUGGUUUGGAUGGUUUGGUGAAUGGUUUCCGCCGUGGCAUUCUCAAACUAGCUAUGGAGCCAUCAACGUUAAGUACAGUUAUUAUCAAAGGCAGUUCCACACGUCGGAUUAAGCUUGACAACAGUGCUGGCAUAAAUGAGAUGUACAUUGAAGGAUAUCUGCAGGCUAUGCUAGAUACUUUGUAUAGGCAGGUCUAUGUGAAAGUGAAGGUAGUUGAUGAUCAGGUGAUCCUUAAGAAUUUACCUCCAAGCAGCGCUUUGAUUGAUGAAAUCAUAAAAUGUACAAAGAACUUUCUUAUUGCAGAGGGUCUCCUGGCUGACAAAUCCUCACUUGCUGGUUAUUCUCCACGACGACUUCGGAAGGAUUUUGGAUGGAGAGUAGGCCCACAACUUAAGGCUGUAUGUGAACAACUCUUUAUUGUUUUUACAAUACGGGCAUUAAGGACACAAACACGGAAAUUUUUGGGUAAAGAUUACUCACAUGGUAAAUCUGCUGCUGCCAAAGAACCAUCUCUAGAUCAGAAGAACAAAGGUCUCCCAAGUGGAUCUGAUUCUCCUAAUGUUAAAAAGAGCAAGGAGAAAGAAAAACGAAGUCCAAGGAUUGUAUUGACAAAUUUCAUACUAUCAAGUGCUGUUGCAUAUGCAGAUGGAAGAUUAUGUCGUCAUAUACCAAAUGCAAUUGUAAGACAAAUUGUAAGUGGAUUUUUGCUAAGUUUUGUAGAAUAGGGUUGCCAUGUCCAGUGAUUACCUUCUAAACAUAAGCAUACCAUACAAGAUGUAAAUGUUUAAUCAUUAUCAUUAGUUUCUAGGCUUGUAAAAAAUCUCGAGCUUUUAAUCUCACAGCAUGUUGAAAGUUACGUUGUGGAGAGUCAGAAAACCAAUUGUUUUUGUAAAAUGACUACAAUUAUUAAUAAAAUUGAAAGCAUCAAAAGAUAAUUUGGCAGAA